AUGAAGAAAAUAAUCUACUUCUACAAACCCUAUGUCAGCAGAAAAGAACUAAAGUUGUUAACUGAUCCGGUAACCCCCAAAAAUGACUAGCCAAUUCCACUAAGCAGCUUACAUCAAGAAAUGAUUAAAAGACUGAUUACAAAAGAUGAUGAAAAUGAUUGUUAUGAAGAGGAGCGGAUGAAAAAAUCCAAAUGCUGGACGUAUCUUACUAACUUAAUUACAGAUAAUUAGGAUGGUAUAGUGUUUAAGAAACUAAUGAAGACCGUUAAGAAGUACCAAAAGAGGGUAGCAUAAUAAGGACUUUUUGGAAAGAAACGGGGUUCAAGUAAUACACGCAAACCAAGUGCCAAUGCCCGAUUUCCUAGAAGAAUGCUAUCCAAGCAUAAAAUUAAAGGAGGAGGAGGAGAUCUUCAAAAUCCUACUUAAAACUAAAGUCCAAUUACUCCAUUGAUGUAAGAGAUUUUGAAAACCUAGCCUACAUUAGGGAAAUCUCGCACAGUUAGAGGAAGCAUAGCUAUUACAGUUUAGGCAUUUGAACCAGAAGCAAUUACUGCUAGCAGAAAGUUAUUUGGCAAGAAGAGAACGAAGCUUCUUAACAUAAAAAUCGAUCCAUUAGUUUAGCCUUUUAAAAAAGAAGAGAGAUCAGAUAAUAAUAGAUCUGGACGUGGAAAGAGAUUUUCUUAAUUAGAACUUAACUCAAUUAAAAGUUCAAAGAUAACUUCAACAGAAUCAAAUAAGAGCUCAAGUAACAGCUCCUCAAUGGAUAAGAGAUCAGAAAUAAGUAACUUUGAUGAUGAUUUGAAACAAGAUACAGAAAAUAACAAUCUAAGUUUUCUUUCGUUUGGCCAAAUUUUCAAGAAAUAAGUCACUAAGAAGCAUUAGCAGUAGUAUAUUAACAAAAAUCUUAGUUUUAACAGCAAGGAAUCAGAUUCAGAGCCAUCUCAUAAAAAUAAAAGUAAAAGUCCAAAAGAGAGAAGACCAGCAAAAAGGGGAUCAGAUUUAUUUGGCCAGGUAGCAAAGAGAAAAAUGCAAAAAAUACUAGGAUUUCCUAGUUCAUCAAACUACGAUAUUCAAGAAAUUUUAUCGCCUAAAAAAGAAGCAAUUGUAACCACUUUUUUGCAAUAAAAACUUUUUAAUGGAAUUCAAUAAAAAAUUGAAACAGAAAAAUUCAAUGAAGAUUUAACUAAAAAUGAGCCACAAAAUCGUUUAAAGUCAUUCUAGUAACACAAAUAUGAAAUGCUAAGCUUAAAUCUUUCUCCUUCGAGAAUCAUUUUACCAUAAAGCAAAAGAAAAUCUAUAAUUUAGAUAAGAGCCACCCGAAAUUCUUCUCUUAAGAAUCUGAUAAGUUAAAAUAAGAAAAGACCAUAAUCAUCCUAACUAUUUGAAAGAGAGAGAGAAGCUAUGAAUUACUCUUAAAUUAAGAAAGAAAGAGAAAUCAAUAACAAGACAAAAUAAUUCUUACAAUCUGUGGAGGACAAUCGAAGAUAGAUUUAACAGGCUCUUCCCACAAGCAAGGAUAUUAUUUCUCCUAAAAACAUAAUAAAAGAAAUUUAACGUCGAAGACCAAUGAGUGGCUAGGUUUCCUCAUCCAACAUCAUAAGAAGUGUCCUUUUACAAUCAAGAUAUCUAGCCAGAAUUGCAAACAUAGAUCAAUAAGUUGAAGUAAAAAAGGAGAAAAAGAGUGAACUUGCAAAAAGAGAGCUUUUCUCUUAACGCUUCAAUGAAAAAUGA